AUGUUCUUUCAGGGAUCCCUUCAGGAUGGUAUUGCCCUCGCUGUGCGAGAGGCCAAGGCUGUGGUUUGUUUCGUUCGAGAUGACGAACCACUGAGCUCAACAUGGGAGAAGGAGUACCUUACAGAUGAUGAGGUCGCGCCGGUCCUCGACGCCAAAGCGGUGCUUUUGCGACUGACUGCUGGGAGCCAGGAAGCUGGGUUCCUGACCUCCUUCUGCCCCGUAUCGAAAUUCCCAACUGCUGUUGUUAUCAAGAAUGGCACGUUGCAAGAGUACCUUACGCCCGAGGUUUCGAGAGACGACUUGAAGAGCCGUUUGAUUGCAGCACUGGAAGGUCGAAAAGAUACCGUUCCUGCUCAACAGCCACAGCAGAACAGUGCCGCGCCUACGAGCAAUGAAGCUACGUCUACAGCCAGUUCAAAUGCUGCUACCUCUGUUAUACCCAAUACCCCCAACGCUCCGUCCCAACAACAGUCACGUCAACACCCAAGCGCUUCCCAAAUUUCUGCUCAGCAAACAUCCCAGACUAACACGAAGGUGGAUAAACCCGCCACCGAGAAGCCUGCGCCGACGAAGCAGGCGGCAUCUAAGCCGCAGCCUCUGAAAGACGUGAAAGGGAAAUCCAAGGGCAAGCAGCCAGUGGCGCAAGCACCUCAGGUACCUCAGAAACCCAAAGCAAAGGUAGAAAAGAAAUCUGCGCCGACUAUCGAAGAGCCGAAACCACAACCGCCGGUUCCUCGAGGACCUCCAAGCCAGUACCGACUCCAGGUACGACUGUUUGACGGCCGCUCGAUCCGGUCUAGCUUCAAGCCCACACAGACUAUCCGCGGCGAUGUGCGACCCUGGCUGGAUGAGCAAAUGGAGGACGAUCACCGUCCAUACAACCUGAAACACAUCUUGACACCUCUCCCAAAUCGAACACUCUCUGUUGCCGAAGAGUCGCAGACACUCCAAGAUUUGAAUCUCGGAUCGACUGCAAACCUCGUCAUGGUUCCUGUCCAAACAUACACGACAGCCUAUGCAGCUGCAGGAUCCCUGCCGGCGCGGGGAAUAUCAGCCGUGUAUAAUGUGGUCUCGGGUGUCGCCAGUACAGCUACAGGUAUUGUGGGCUCGAUCCUCGGGUAUGGAUCCAGUGCAUCAGCGAAUGAAUCCGAGUCAACAAAUCCUCCAUCCGGAGAGAGACGACCACGGCCAACGGGACCUACCAUUCGAACGCUGCGGGACCAGCAGAAUGAACGGGGUGAUAAUCAGUUCUACAACGGAAACCAGUUGAACUUUGAGCCGCGGAACAAGGAAGACAAAGAUAAUUGA